CUGUUAGUAUGUACAGUAAACUGUAGUACGGUACAUCACGUGUACAGUUGGAGGCUCUUACAAUUAUUAGCUUCAACGACUAAACUACGGCAAGAUUUGGUAUAAGUUUAACAGCUGUCCCGUGAUUGAGGACUGAAUAUUCUUCGAAAAUGCCUUCGGCCGAUACAUCUAAACCUAUAAGCUGGGCAGACCAGGUAGAGGAAGGAGAUCUCAGGAGUAUCCCACCUCCAGAGGAAUUGUUGGAAGGAGAUUUUAAGAAGUUGAUUGAGUACAAAAGGGAUGAAGACAACAACAAGUUGAUACAGAUUACACGGACUUUCAAGAUCGAGAAGAGGAAAGCAUCAAAGUCAGUAGCUCAUAGGAAGCAAUGGGCAAAGUAUGGGAAAUCCGCCAGUGAUCCACCCGGUCCCAAUCCAGGUACUACUGCUAUCGUGCAUGAUGAGGUCUUCAUGAGCUUCAUCUCAAGCAAAGAUGUGAGUACCUCUAGUCUUAUUGUAAACCCUUACCCUAACCCUAACCCUACUGCUAUCGUGCAUGAGGAGGUCUUCAUGAGCUUCAUCUCAAGCAAAGAUGUGAGUACCUCUAGUCUUAUUGUAAACCCUUACCCUAACCCUAACCCUAACCCUACUGCUAUCGUGCAUGACGAGGUCUUCAUGAGCUUCAUCUCAAGCAAAGAUGUGAGUACCUCUAGUCUUAUUGUAAACCCUUACCCUAACCCUAACCCUACUGCUAUCGUGCAUGACGAGGUCUUCAUGAGCUUCAUCUCAAGCAAAGAUGUGAGUACCUCUAGUCUUAUUGUAAACCCUUACCCUAACCCUACUGCUAUCGUGCAUGAUGAGGUCUUCAUGAGCUUCAUCUCAAGCAAAGAUAAUGAGAACCAACCGUCAACAGAAGAUCAGCUGGAGAAGCUGAAAGCCAAGCGUAUUAUGGUGUGCCGUGUAUGCAAGGGUGACCAUUGGACUACAAAGUGCCCCUACAAGGAGUCUCUUGAGCCCCUCCAACGAGAGCUCCUUGGUACAGGAGAGACAGCAGGAGCAACGGAUGGUGAUACAGGGAGUGCUAAUCCAGAAGAAUCUAACCCUGGUCCAGGAGGAGGAAGCUCUGUGGGCAAGUACAUUCCUCCUGGUGCUAGGGAUGGAGGAAAGAGAAGAGGAGAAACCAUGGCAGCUAGAAGAGAUGAGGCAGCAACCAUACGAGUGACUAACCUCUCUGAAGACACCAGAGAGAGUGAUCUCCAAGAUCUAUUCAGACCUUUUGGAGCCAUCCAGAGAAUAUACCUGGCUCAAGACAAAAUCACUGGACAUUCAAAGGGUUUUGCCUUCAUCAACUUCUACUUGCGUGAAAGUGCAGCCAAAGCAAUCCAAUGUUUGUCUGGCUUUGGGUAUGAUCACCUGAUCUUGAAGGUAGAAUGGGCCAAGCCAUCUGGACAUACCACCUAAGAAGUUAUCACAACCUGUCAUCUUUGAAUAGCAAUUUCAUCAACACACAUAUUCUACAAACAUCCACCAAAACAAUCUAAUUUUAAUGAACAUCACAUACAUCGUCGCUGUUUUCACGAAGUGACGGUAGUGAAAAAAAUUGCAUUCACUUUGCGUUACGAUUUUCCUCACUACCGUCACUUUGUGAAAAUAGGGACGACAUGAUUAAUUAUCUAUAUUUUACACCAGUGUGUUUUUGGCAGCAUUUACUCAUGGCCUGUUAUUUUGUGCUCAUAAUUAUUUAGUCUACUGUAAAUCAGUUUCAAGUUAUUUGUCAUAUUCAUAUUUAUCCUUGAGCUCCUAUUAGAUUUCCUCUAGAUACCACAUUUCUUCAAGCAGUAUAAAAAGCUUGAAAGGCUAUUCAAUAAACAAGGUAAAUCUGUAAAAACUUUUUGACCUGUGCUAUUGUAAUAGUUUUCAUCAUCUACUACUCAGAGGAUAGUUAUAAUUAAAAACUAAAAUAAUCCCUCAUUUUCUAGACAUACAUGGUUAAACAAAUUUCCAAAUUUAAUUUAAUUGGUAAUGAGGAGUAAUGGCUUACCAAGGGCACUAGUGCGUCGACCUGGUUUUGAACCCAUGACCUCCUGGUUCCAAGACCACUGCUCUACCAAGGAGCCAUCACACCAAAAUAAUAACAUUUAUCCUGCCCCUUGAUUUUUCCUCAUUGUCAGGAUUUUGUAAGUGUUUUAAUCAUUAAAUGAAUUUGGUUUAAAAGGCCUACUACAUUUCCUGUGCAGCAGACCAGCUGCGAGCAGGGAUUUAAUACAUGUUCUUGCUUUGUUUUAAGAAUGGAUUAUUAGAGCAGCUAACUUGUAUGUCUUGUAUUUAGUGAAAGAUGAAUGGACCACUUUGUAGAUAGCUGCUGUACAAAUGACCCCCCAAUAUGGGUUGGGGGUAGUUGAACACAAUAGCUGUGCUCAUUGGUACUAUGAACUAAUAUAUUGGUCUGGCUAAGGCCAUUCAUGUUGUGCACAAACUAUUCAUGUGCAUGAGAAACACGGUUUUAAGAAUGCAUGGAGAAAUUUUAAAGUUAGUAAUACAAUAUAUCUGUUGUAUCUUACCAAAAUUACUAAAUAAGUAAAUAGAAAAAGAGAUUCACUUGUAAUUGCAUUAAAAUUUUCCAAACAAAACAAGGAAAGUUACUGCAGAGCUUAUCAGCAAGUUAAAAAGAAAUUCUUUGGAAGUAUUGUAUGCCAAGCAGCAAUUGUUGUGCCUCCUUAGUAAUCAGUAAAUUAAUGUAUCAAAGAUGUGAUCAAUCACCUGUAAUUAGCUGCACACCCCACCCAAACAAACAUAGACACACCAUUGCAGGGGUGUGUCUUUACUGUACACUUUCUAUUUUUCAAAAUCUCAAUCAUGUCAGGGAUGCAGUACAGUACAUAGAAUGAAUGAACCUUAUAUCUUGUUAGAGGAGAUAGAGAGAGCAAUGUCAGUUUCCAACUUUCCUUUACUUCAUGUAUUACUUUGGUUCCAUACCUCAUUGUCUCAUUCAGUUAAACAUGCUGUAACCCAAAGUACAUGAAAGAAAACCAGUCAGAUAUUCCAGAGGUCAUUCCGGAAUCCGAAUCAUUAUUCUACUGGACCCAAGAUUGUAGCCAUUCUCCUGAUAAUUCAAAGCCUGAGCUAUUUCUAAGAGGUUCUUCCGGACAUAUAUCUUCAUGUAUCUGGUGUCUUGCAAGAUCCCAUGCUUCCCUAAAGAUGUUUCCGUUGUUGAUGCCAUCGUUGAUGAAGCAUGGUUUUGCUGUGGUAAUUUGAUCAGUGCCCAUCAAAUCCGGGAUUAUGUACACACAUGAUGAUAUGUAGCAAUGGGAAAGAAUCAGUAGGUUGUAAGUUAACCAGAAAUUAAGGUUUGAUAAACAAUUUCGAUGGGUGAACACUUUUUCUUGCUUAUUGUUCAAGUGGGUUUUUACCAAGUUACCUAAAUUGACCAUUGUGCAGCCAACGAUGAAACAUCUUAUAAAUAUUUUACCAGAAACGUGGAUAAAAUACUCUGAACGUGCAUAUUAACAAUUCAAUCUUAAAACAAUAGACAGUCAUAAAAGUGUAAACUAUUUUCUGGCUCGCACUGUAUAUUGUCUGGAAAUAUCCAAAAACACGAUGUUCUUUGAAAAGGUAUUUAAAUUGUGUGUAUCAAAACAUUGUAUCACUUCUGUUGUGUAAGCAUGAUCAAUCAAAAAGAUGUUUAAAAUAAUUAUAGUUGAAUUGUCCAUAAAUUCCUCUUAAACUGCUUGAAAAAUUA